CUACUGCUGUGCUGCAUACGGCGAUGUCCGCGCGUAGACAAUGACCAGUGUGAAAUAUGUGGAAGGAAGAACUGCGCAUUGAAGCUUGAUGAUCUCGUACGAAACGGGAUGAGUGAUUGUGGAAUGUGGAGGCAACAUCGCUCGAGAAGGAUGAAAAGAGCGUCUAGAAAAGUAUAUAAAGCGCUCGCAUCUGCUUAUGUUCAUCCAGAUCAUCCCCGUCCACCCAGCGCAACACUGCACCUCGAUUAUCAUCAUGCUGUUCUCCAACUUUAUCAUUCUUCUUCUCUCUUCAAGCGCGUUCGCCGCACCCGCUGACCUCCUUCCUCGCGCCACUGCUCAAUGCGGUCAAUACCAAUCCCAAGCCUCCGGUCCAUACACGCUUUACACCAAUGGUUGGGGCUGGUCUUCUGGAACCGGAUCUCAGUGUUCGCAAAUUGACAGUCUGACUGGUACCACUCUGGCCUACUCAACAACGUGGUCCUGGUCUGGCACACCCAACCAGGUGAAGAGCUACACGAACGUUGAGACCACUUUCACGAAGAAGCAGCUAAGUGCUUACACAAGCAUGCCGACGGCAUGGAAGUGGAGCUAUACUGGAACAGAUCUGCGAGUCAAUGUCGCUUAUGACACCUUCCUCGGCACAUCAGCCAGUGGCACCAAUCUCUUCGAAGUCAUGAUCUGGCUUGGUGUAUUCGGCGGUGUAUCACCCUUGUCUUCGAAUGGAUAUCCAUUCACACCUAUUGCCACCGUAACUGUCGGUGGCACGACUUUCGACCUCGCUUAUGGUCUAAAUGGCUCUGUCAAAGUAUAUAGCUUCGUCGCUCGUGGGGGUGCUGCAACGAACUUCAGCGCUGACUUGAAUAUAUUCUUCAAGUUUCUGGUAGCUAACUACGCGAGUAACGGGUUCACCAAUAGCUUGUACUUGCAGACUGUGCAGGCAGGGACGGAAGUGUUUACCGGAAGUAAUGCGAAGUUAGCUACGAGUGCGUAUUCUAUCGCCAUCACUUAG